AUGUCUUCUUCAUCAGCUCCAACAACCGAGAUCGCCGUCCUGACCCUGAAACCCGACACGCCCAUCGAAGACAUCUCCACCCCCGCGGGCCAGAUCUUCAAUCAGAUGCUGAACAGCAUCAAAUCACAAUCCGGAUUCCAGCGCCAAUACUGGGGUCGACAGCUCGAGAACCCCAACCAUCUCGUCUUCUCCAUCGACUGGGACAGCAUCACCUCGCACACCUCAUGGAUGAGCUCUCCCUCCUACCAACAAUUCUCCUCCGACAUCUCCCCGCUCCUCGACCUCACCACCUCCUCCUUCCCCCCCAACAUCAUCCACCUGAACUUCCACCCGCACCCGCCCGACACCCCGCGCUCCGCGCAUCCGCCCUCGAAGCCGCCGUCACCGAGCUGGCGGAUCUCUGCUUGGGGAAGAGCGAGGGCGAAGCGGGAGCGGGAACAGCCGAUGCAACAUCAUGCCGGCACGGACGGGGCGGCCAUCAGCCUCGGCUUGAUGGUCGGCUGGGCCAGCAAGGACGAUCAUCUGGCGGUCAGGGAGUCGGAUGCGUUUGCGCAGAAGGUCAAGCCCGUCAGGGAGAUGGCCUUGCCGAGUGAGAAGACGAGGGGCGGGGCCGGGGCCAUGUAUCAUGUGGCUUUUUCGAGGUGGGGCGCGGGCGUUGGGGUGGAGGUGUGA